UCUGCCCCUCCCCGGGGCGGUGGUCCAGUGACGUCACAGCCUAUUUAAGACCCCCGCCUCCGCCCCUGUCCGCACACUCUGCGGUUCCUACGAAGCCCUGUGGUCUUCUUCGCAGUGCAGCUCCUCUCAACUUCAACUUUGCCAUGGCUUCCGCUGGUCUGCAAAUCCUGGGGAUCAUCCUGACACUGCUUGGCUGGGUGAAUGCUCUGGUGUCCUGUGCCCUGCCCCUGUGGAAAGUGACCGCCUUCAUCGGCAACAGCAUCGUGGUGGCCCAGGUGGUGUGGGAGGGGCUGUGGAUGUCCUGCGUGGUGCAGAGCACAGGCCAGAUGCAGUGCAAGGUGUACGACUCCCUGCUGGCGCUGCCCCAGGACCUGCAGGCCGCCCGCGCCCUCUGCGUCGUUGCCCUCCUCUUGGCCCUGCUCGGGCUGCUGGUCUACCUCGCAGGAGCCAAGUGCACCACCUGCGUGGAGGACAAGGACUCCAAAGCCCGUCUGGUGCUAGUCUCUGGGAUCAUCUUUGUCAUCUCAGGGGUCCUGAUCCUCAUCCCCAUCUGCUGGACGGCUCACGCCAUCAUCCGGGACUUCUACAACCCCCUGGUGUCGGACGCCCAAAAGCGGGAGCUGGGGGCCUCCCUCUACUUGGGCUGGGCGGCCUCUGGUCUUUUGUUGCUGGGCGGGGGGCUGCUGUGCUGUACCUGCCCCUCUGGGGGGUCCCGGGGCUCGAACCAUUAUAUGGCCCGAUACUCAGCAUCAGCCGCACAUGCCACCUCUCAGGGGGCCCCUGAGUACCCCACUAAGAAUUAUGUCUAAAUCUGUUAGGGGAGUGGAGACUCCCUCGACAGUGGAGCCUAACCCCCUGAGCUGGAGACAUGGAGAUGGUAAUCCAGACAGCUUGGGGGCUGUUUUUAUCUUUUUUGCUUUUUGGAGGAGGGACAUUUUUAAAGUUCAUUUGAAAACCUCACCAAGGAACCCAAGUCUCUCCUGGGCUCUGCUGUCGGUAUUUCUCACCUCUGGAUGAUGGAGCCAAGGAGGUGAUGCUUCACAGAUUCUAGAUCUUUCUCCACCCUGGACAUCCCCAUCUGGGAGGCCAACCCGGAGCUGUGAGCCAACAUAAGGCUGCCUGCUGUUGAGGUGCUUUCAGCCUGUCCCUGAGUCCCUCCUUACCGGUCAGGCCUCUGGAACCCCUGCGGGCUCUUGAGCCUCAGGGAUGAUAAAUCACCAAAGAACUGCCCGCCUCCAAGUCUUCUGACCUCUGGCUCCUCCAUCUUGAGUCCCAAGUCCUGUCCUGGCUGUGCUGUAGACCCCCCCCGCCCCGAUCCUCUCGCCUUCAACCCCUGCACACUUCUGCCACACCUCCCCCCAUACACACUCACCAGUUUUUG